AUGAACAUUGCGCCGGUUGGAACAGCGGAGAUAUCUUCUUGGGGGCUGACCAAACCUGCUGGUUUCUGGUGGACUUAUCUGAAGAAGAAAAGCAUGAUAACCGAUAUCUUCGUCACGCUCCGUUGCUUAUCGAAAAGGGUUAUAUCAAGGAACCAUUCAUCUCACAGGAACUUCUCCCCCUGCUACAGGCUUUGCUGUGAUAACCUCGACAUCCUCUAUGCGAGAAGCUAG